AAUGCCGCCAUGCAGCACUACGGGGUGAACGGCUACUCGCUGCACGCCAUGAACUCACUCAGCGCCAUGUACAACCUGCACCAGCAGGCAGCCCAGCAGGCCCAGCACGCCCCCGACUACCGGCCUUCGGUGCAUGCGCUUACAUUGGCUGAGCGCCUGGCUGACAUCAUCUUGGAGGCCCGUUAUGGUUCCCAGCACCGCAAACAACGUCGCAGCCGCACAGCGUUCACAGCUCAGCAGCUCGAGGCCCUGGAAAAGACCUUCCAGAAGACUCACUACCCAGAUGUGGUGAUGCGUGAGAGGCUGGCCAUGUGCACCAACCUGCCUGAGGCCCGGGUGCAGGUGUGGUUCAAGAACCGCCGGGCCAAGUUCCGGAAGAAGCAGCGUAGCCUGCAGAAGGAACAGCUCCAGAAGCAGAAGGAGGCUGAGGGCUCCCAUGGGGAAGACAAGGCAGAGGCCCCCACUCCGGAUACCCAGCUGGACACUGACCAGCCCCCACACCUGCCUGGCAGCAACCCCCCUGCAGAGCUUCACCUGAGUCUGUCUGAGCAGUCAGCCAGUGAGUCAGCCCCCGAGGAUCAGCUGGACCGUGAGGAGGACCCCCGGGCAGGGGCUGAGGACCCCAAAACUGAGAAGAGCCCUGGGGCUGAGAGCAAAGGGCUGGGCUGCAAGAGGGGCAGCCCCAAGGCAGAUUCCCCAGGCAGCCUGACCAUCACUCCUGCGGCCCCAGGGGGUGGCCUCCUGGGCCCCUCCCACUCCUAUUCCUCGUCCCCGCUGAGCCUCUUCCGUCUGCAGGAGCAAUUCCGCCAGCACAUGGCGGCCACCAACAACCUGGUGCACUACUCAUCCUUCGAAGUAGGGGGUCCAGCCCCUGCUGCUGCCGCAGCGGCUGCUGCUGUGCCCUACCUGGGCGUCAACAUGGCCCCGCUGGGCUCACUGCACUGCCAGUCCUACUACCAGUCCCUGUCAGCAGCCGCUGCUGCCCACCAGGGUGUGUGGGGGUCCCCUCUGCUGCCUGCACCCCCAGCAGGCCUGGCUCCUGCAUCAGCUACCCUGAACAGUAAAACCACAAGCAUCGAGAACCUGCGGCUCCGGGCCAAGCAGCACGCGGCCUCCCUGGGACUCGAUACGCUGCCCAACUGACUGUCUGGCCUCCAACCCAGCCAGGGGUCUUAGGUGUCCCCUCCUAGCCCUGUGGUUAUCCCUAGGUGGCUCUCGAGGAGUUCACUCCAUGAGCACAGGGAUCCUAGGGCCUGGUGUCCUGUUCCCUGCUCCGCUUCCCCAUACCGCAGCCUGAGGCGAAGCCCACACCUACACACCCUCUGCAUGGCCCUGCCUGGACCCCAUGAAGGCCAAAUAGGGAGGAGGUCAGGGGCUGGGGUGCCCUAAGCUUCCCUCGGGGAAGUGAGAGGCUCUCCCUGGCUAGACCCCCAUCUCAAUACCACCUCCUCCCUUUUCUCCCUCCCCUUCUGCCCCUUAGUAAGUCUAUGUGUGGAAUGUGAGAUAUAAAUAUAAAUAUAUAAAGCUAUAUUUUCAGGCA